CGCUAUGCAGCCAGCUCAGACCGAGGAAGGUCCCGUGUCCUUUGAGGAAGUGGAUGUAGAUUUCACCAAGGAGGAGUGGGAGCUGCUGAAUCCAGGCCAGAGGGCUCUGGCCAUGGAAGUCACGCUGGAGAAUUUGGGGAAUGUGGCCUCUCUGGGAGAACUUUUGACUCCUAGACCUGAAGAAGAAAAGAUGUUUGCCCAAAAUUUCAAGGAAAGAGACAGAACAGGAGGAAGUGAUGGGCAGAGAAGUGAGAAUGAGCGAGAACCUUAUGGGAUGUUGGUAGACAGAGCCUGGCAGCCAGAGGUGGAUAAAAACAUCAUGAAUCAAGAAAGAACAAAAACGCAGGAAGGAAACCUCACACAGAAUCUGCAAAGUACAUCUCCUACGUCUCCAGGAGGGUACUCGCAGGUUACCCCAAUCCAACAAGAAACCAAGAACGGAAAGGGAAAGAAUGAGUGUCCUGUAUGUUCCAAAAACUUCAGCAGUAAAUCGAGUCUUAAUGUACACCAAAGAAUUCACACAGGGGGGAGACCUUACAUAUGUUCAGAGUGUGGCGAGGCCUUUCGCGAAAAAGCACACCUUACUUCACAUCAGAGAACCCACACAGGAGAGAAACCGUAUACGUGCCUGGAAUGUGGAAAAAGCUUCAGCCAGAGCAAAAAUCUGACUUCCCAUCAAAGAAGCCACACGGGUGAGAAGCCAUACAAAUGCACUGAGUGUGGAAAGGGUUUUAGUCAGAAGGCAAAUCUAGUGAAACACCAAGGAACCCACACAGGGGAGAAACCAUAUAAAUGUCUGGAAAGUGGAAAGAGUUUAAGUCAGAGCGCACUCGUUACUGCACAUCUGACAACUGAUAUGCGAGGGAAACAGCAUAAAUGCCUGGACUGCAAUCGGGGCUUUUUAAAUAUGUCAGACCUGGUUCGACAUCAGAGAAUUCACACAGGAGAGAAGCCAUAUAAAUGCUCAGAAUGUGGGAGGAGCUUCAGCCAGAGAGCAAACGUUCUUAGACACCAAGAAACCCACACAAGGGAGAAACCAUAUAAAUGUUCAGAAUGUGGAAAGAGCUUCCGGUGGAACGCACAGCUGAUUUCACAUCAGACGGUCCACACGGGGGAGAAAAUGUGCAAAUGCUCAGACUGCGGCCAGAGCUUCUGUAGCACCUCCAACCUGGUCAGACAUCAGAGAAUCCACACGGGGGAGAAGCCAUAUAAAUGCUCGGAAUGCGGAAAGCGCUUCAACCAGAGGACCAAUCUAACGUCGCAUCAAAGAGUCCACGCGGCGGCAAAACUAUAUAUUGCCUUGGGGUACGGAAAGAGCGAAACGCCAAGCCUGGACCCCCAUGCUGCACACUGUGCUACACAACCCCAGUGUUCGAGCCCCCUCACUUUAAACCAGAAUAGCAAAGAGCAGCAGCGCCCUCCGCUGGACACCACCCAGUUUGUGCGGCUUUAUUUCAGUAGCCUCCUUAAAAAUACCCCUGCUACUUAA